UGGCAUUGAAACAUCGGACAAGCGGCCAGGGAGUCCUCAACGCCGACAAAUGUCACGAUUAGACUAGACAGCGGUGAGUCUUCUUAUUUCUCUCCUCGAGAGCAAUGUCUAUACAUCAACCAAGCGCCCCGGCGCCGAUAAAGGACUUCAACCAUUUCACGACCCGUCGAUCAAUCGGCCACACAACCUGAGCAUGGUCAAAAUGCUAGAGGAUUCUCCCACGAAUCGAAGAAUAAUCCGACUCAUCAUCAGCGGCCUACAGUUGUAUGGACCAAUCUGUCUGGGCUAUAUCACAUGGGCCCUGGCCGUUAAGGUCUGGCCUGCAUUGAGUCUCGGGCACGAUGCCUUCUUGAACAAUACCCUCCUUUGGACAUUCUGGGCGCCUGAAGCAGCUUUCUACCUGUUCUUCGUUUGGUAUGCUCGACGCAUACAACGCGCCGCCGUUCACCCGCCGAUCCGGACGCGAGAUGAGAGGUUGGAUCUGUUUGACAAGGUCCGCUCUGAAAUACACGACUUCGAGAGCUUCUUGCGUGGAUGGUUCUGCGGCGCGAAGCCUGAAGAUGUUGGAGUUGAAGAGCUGAGAAAGUGGGUGAAUUGGGCUUUCUGGGAAGGCAGAGCAGGCGAGGGGAAAGAGAAGGGUGUGGAGGCAGAGAUCGAUGAAUACGUGGAGCGGAUAGAGCAGCUGGUGGGAAAGCCAUUUCAAGAUGGUCCUGGUAAGGCAAAGAGCUUGCGCCUUACAUUGGAUCCGAUCACAAUUCAGCCACGAACUCUGGCCUGGUACAGCUUGAUGAUGCUUGCCGACACUGUCGCCAUCUUUCUGUUGAAAAUUAAGGGCUUCAAGUACUACCGCAGGACUCUCACAGGUCUGGCAGCUGUCUUCCCUCCACGGCCGGCUGCACUAUGUACUCGCAGAGUAUCUCCAGCUCCGAAGCUGUCCUACUUCUUGCGGAAGCAUACCUCCAAGACGCGCUUGCCAGUCAUCUAUCUCCACGGGAUCGGAAUCGGCAUUUUGCCGCACGUUGACUUCUUGGACGACAUGCAUACUGCACUGAAUAAAGGCGCAGCUGCUGAUGAUCAUGUGGGCAUCCUUGCAGUCGAGAUCCUGCAAAUCUCAUCACGACUCACCGAGCCUAUUCCGCGACGAGCAGAGUUCAUCUCUCAACUCACGACCUUGAUCGACCAUCACUUCGGUCAUGGCCGCGUGGUACUGGUUGCACACUCAUACGGCACGAUCCUCAGCUCGCACGUCCUGAGAGACCCGCAGUUUUCUGCCCGGAUAUCCGGGACUCUUCUGAUUGAUCCUGUGAGCAUACUUCUGCAUAUGCCAGACGUCGCCUACAACUUCACGGUUCGUCCGCCUGUCCGAGCGCAGGAGUGGGAGUUGUGGUGGUUUGGUUCCAAGGACCCUCAAGUGGCGCACACGCUUGGGAGACAUUUCUUCUGGAGUGAGUGUGUGCUUUGGAGGGAUGACAUAGAGAAUUUGAUUGAAAAGCACAACAUGAGAUUCACGGCCAGUCUUUCAGGGGAGGAUCUGAUUGUGAACACCCGGGCGGUGAGAAGUUACUUGACCAAGGGCAGCAUCCCAGAUCCAACAGAGUCCGACGCUGAACACAAUCGGUGGAAGGGAAGCGGCUUGGAAGUCCUCUGGUGGAAUGGAUACGAUCAUGCUGGCGUUCUGCACACGCGUGAGGAUAGACUAAAGUUGGCGAAGAUCGUAGUAGAGUACUGCAAAGGCACAUAG